AUCUUUUUUAUUUCUCCUUCGCAUACAACGUACUUGGUUAAUUAUGAUAUUAUAAUUACGUAUUGUUUCACAUUUGUUUUAAUAAAAAAAAACGAAUAUAUCGUCAUCAUCUAAUGACGAUCAUUUAUAAAUUAUUAUCAUUGAAAUCAAAGAUCUAGGUUACACGAAGAUCAUAUGAAUACAGAAAAAAAUUUCGAAAAAUUUUGCAUCUAAGACCCUUUUCUUAUUAAUUAGUAUAUGCUUUGAAGCUUAUAGGUGUGGUCCUUUACAAUGAAUUUUCUUCACCGUGCAACGUCAAGGUUUAUACGCAGCAAACCGACGUUUAGCAAUAAUUUAUCUUCCUUAAUUUUACUGAGAAAUGGAGUAUAUCCUACAGCUUUUAAAAGUCGUCGUUUUUAUGCCUCUGAAUCUAACACUGGCACUAUCCAAGCCGUUAUUGGUGCCGUAGUAGACGUACAAUUCGACGAAAAAAGUUUGCCUGCUAUCUUGAAUUCUUUAGAGGUUCAAAAAAACGAUGGUGGUCGUCUUGUACUUGAAGUAUCACAACAUUUAGGACAAAAUGUUGUUCGUACUAUUGCUAUGGACGGAACAGAGGGUCUUGUUCGCGGACAAGAAGUUGUGGAUACAGGUUCACCAAUCAAAAUUCCUGUUGGUCCUGAAUGUUUAGGACGUAUUAUCAAUGUCAUUGGUGAACCUAUUGAUGAACGAGGUCCAAUUAAAACCAAAAAAUUAUCUCCAAUUCACGCCGAUGCACCAGAAUUCGUUGAUCAAUCUACAGUGCCAUUGGUUCUUGAAACUGGUAUUAAAGUUGUAGAUUUAUUGGCUCCUUAUGCUAAAGGCGGUAAAAUCGGUCUUUUCGGCGGUGCCGGCGUCGGAAAGACUGUAUUGAUUCAAGAACUUAUCAAUAAUAUUGCCAAAGCCCAUGGUGGUUAUUCGGUAUUUUGUGGAGUAGGAGAACGUACUCGUGAAGGCAAUGAUUUGUAUCAUGAAAUGAUUCAAACAGGCGUAAUUCAACUUGAGGGUAAAUCUAAGGCUGCUCUCGUGUUCGGUCAAAUGAAUGAACCACCAGGUGCACGUGCUCGUGUCGCUUUAACUGGUCUUACUAUUGCCGAAUACUUCCGUGACGAAGAAGGACAAGAUGUAUUACUUUUUAUUGAUAAUAUUUUCCGUUUCACCCAAGCUGGUUCCGAAGUAUCUGCUUUAUUAGGUCGUAUUCCUUCCGCUGUAGGUUAUCAACCUACCUUAAGUACUGAUAUGGGUGGUAUGCAGGAAAGAAUUACAACAACAAAGAAAGGAUCAAUCACUUCCGUACAAGCCGUAUAUGUACCGGCUGACGAUUUGACUGAUCCAGCUCCAGCUACAACCUUCAGUCAUUUGGAUGCAACUACUGUAUUAUCGCGUGGUAUAGCCGAACUUGGUAUUUAUCCUGCUGUAGAUCCCCUUGAUUCAAAAUCUCGUUUAUUGGAUCCUCGUGUUGUCGGGGAAGAACAUUAUAAAGUUGCUACAGACGUUCAAAAGAUUCUUCAAGAUUAUAAAUCUUUGCAAGAUAUUAUUGCCAUUUUGGGUAUGGACGAAUUAUCAGAAGAAGAUAAACAAACUGUCGAACGUGCAAGAAAAAUCCAAAGAUUCUUGAGUCAACCAUUUGAAGUUGCUCAAGUUUUCACCGGUUUUGAAGGACGGCUCGUUAAAUUAAAAGAUACUAUUCGUUCGUUUAAAGAAAUCUUGGAAGGUAAAUGUGACGACCUACCCGAAGGAGCUUUCUUUAUGGUCGGUGAUAUUGAGGAUGCCAGAAGAAAAGCAGAAGUCUUCAUAAAGGAAUUGGAAAAUCAAUAAUUGAAACAAUUGAUUUUAAAAUUUUUAUAAAGAAAUAUUUCAAUCUUACCAAACAAAAAAUAUAUAUAUACAUCCACUUUUAAAUUAACAUUUGCGUAAUUUUGUUAAUAGUAAAUUUAUAUGAUCAGUUAUAUCAGUUGUUACACAGCAUUAUGAUUAAAUUAAAUUAGGGAAAUUUCUUUAUUACUUAACAAUUUACUAUGAAAAAAAAAAUAUUUGUAGAGCCCCAUGUGGUAAACCCGAAAUAUUAUAAAACCGCGAAUCAAAAAAAAAAGACCUUUGAACAAAAAAAAAACCAAAGCAUUUA